AUGGUAUCUAGUCAAGGAAGAGUCUUACUCGCAUACUCAGGUGGUCUGGAUACAUCGUGUAUCCUCGCCUGGCUGAUCGAGCAAGGAUAUGAAGUCGUAGCAUUCAUGGCCGACGUUGGCCAGGAAGAAGACUUCAAGGCAGCGGAAGCAAAAGCGCUGAAAGUGGGCGCCAAGAAAUUUGUCUUGAAGGAUCUCAAGAGAGAAUUUGUUACCGAGCUCAUCACUCCAGCUGUCCAAGCGAAUUGCAUCUACGAAGGUGUCUAUCUUCUUGGAACCUCUCUUGCAAGGCCUGUCAUUGCUCGAGGAAUGAUUGAAGCCGCUACCACCGAACAAUGCGCAUUUGUUUCACACGGAUGCACCGGAAAGGGAAAUGACCAAGUUCGAUUUGAGCUUGCUUUCUAUGCUCUCGUUCCUUCGAUCAAGGUCAUCGCACCUUGGAGGCUCCCGGAGUUCUACAACCGAUUCGCAGGUCGAUCCGACCUCCUGAAAUACGCCGCCGAGAAGGGCAUUCCGGUCGUCCAAACAGCCGCCAAGCCCUGGUCAACGGACGAGAACCUGCAUCACAUCUCGUACGAGGCUGGGAUCCUGGAGGAGCCAGACGUGACGCCGCCAAAGGACAUGUGGAAGCUUACGAAGGAUCUCCAGGAGGCCAGUGCGGAUGGCCCGCAAUGUAUCGACCUUACCUUCACUCGAGGGGUGACCAGCGAAUUGGUGGUGUACAAGCCCUCAACCGAACAACGAGAAGUCAUUGGCAAAGCCACCGAUGUCCUCGAUAUCUUCCUCCAACUUAAUUCACUUGCCCGAUCCCACGGGAUCGGCCGUAUCGACAUUGUCGAGAACCGCUUCAUUGGUGUCAAGAGUCGAGGCUGUUAUGAGACCCCAGCCGGCACCAUUCUUCGUCGGGCGCACAUGGACCUUGAGGGACUGACCCUGGAUGGAAAGGUCCGAGCGUUGCGCGACUCGUUCGUGACCGCUGAGCUCAGCAAGAUCCUCUAUAACGGUUAUUGGUUCAGUCCCGAACGAGAGUUCGUACAAAGUGCCCUCGAAGCCAGUCAGAAAAACGUGAACGGCCGCGUCCGACUCUCGCUCUACAAGGGAAACGUCGUCGUCGACGGACGCGCCUCGAACGAAGGUCUCUAUGAUGCCAAGGAAAGUAGCAUGGAUGAGAUGGGCGGCUUUGAGCCCACAGAUACCAGUGGUUUCAUCAAAAUCGAGUCGAUCCGGUUACGAAAAUGGGGUGCUCAACGUGAGGCCCAAGGCAAGGGUGUUACAGCCGACCAAGUUUACAUGAAGCAUUGA